AUGAUCAUACCCGCCGACGCGCUGUACGGCAUCGCCACCGCACGCGCCAUGGAUAACUACGACAUCUCCGGCGUCAAGGUGCGGGACUAUCCCGAGUUCAUACGCGCGUUCGCGCACGUCAAACGCGCGUGCGCCACCGCAAACGGACGUCUGGGCCUGCUCCCUGGAGACGUGGUGGAUGCCAUCGUCGCUGCGUGCGAUGAACUGAUCCAAUCGGACAGGCAUCACGCGCACUUCGCCGUGGACAUGGUUCAAGGCGGCGCCGGCACGAGCACCAACAUGUGCGCAAACGAGAUCAUAGCCAACCUCGCGGCCAUACACCUGGGAGAGCCCGUCGGGGAUUACUCCAGGGUCCAUCCAAACGACCACGUGAACAUGUGCCAAAGCACUAACGACGCGUAUCCGAGCGCGGCGAAGCUCGCGGUGGUGUUCAAGCACGUCGCCGUGACGCACGCACUGGAAGACCUCAUCGCGUCACUGAGGAAAAAAGCCAUCGAGUUUGAGCACGUCGUCAAAAUGGGACGCACCCAGCUCCAGGACGCGGUGCCGAUGACCCUCGGACAGGAGUUCCGGUCAUUCGCAUCGUCCCUCGCCGCCGAUCUCACGUUCAUGCAGCGCAACGUAGACCAGCUCUACGAGCUAAACCUGGGAGGCACCGCCAUAGGGACCAAGAUUUGCGCCGACGCCUCGUUUGCGGAGGCAUCCGUCGCGGCGCUCAGCGAGCAGACGCGGUUGCCGCUCAGGUCACCCGAGGACUUUAUCGAGGCGUCAUCGUCCACGUCGUCGUUCCUGCUCUUCUCGAACAUCCUGCGCCGCGUCGCUGUCAAGGUUAGCAAGAUCUGCAAUGACCUCAGGCUGCUCUCCUCCGGCCCCAGGUGCGGCUUCAACGAGAUCAACCUGCCCGCCGCCGCUCCGGGUUCUUCCAUCAUGCCGGGGAAGAUAAACCCGGUGAUCCCGGAGGUGAUGAAUCAGGUGUGUUUUCAGGUUAUCGGCACCGACCACACCAUCGCGUCCGCGUCCGAGGCGGCGCAGCUCCAGCUCAACGUCUUCGAGCCGAUCAUCAUAUACAACCUGUUGAACAACAUGAACCUGAUGGAACGCGGGCUGAACACACUUCGCACCAAGUGCAUCGACGGCAUCACGGCGAACCCCGAGCGAUGCAAGGAGCUGGUGGAUAACUCCAUCGGCAUCGUCACCGCGCUGCUACCGCUGCUGGGGUACAAGAAGGCCACCGCCGUGGCCAAGGAGGCGCUCGAGACGGGCCGGCCCGUGGCGGAGAUUGCGAGCAGGUUCGCGGACCCGCGCGAGGUGGCCGAGAUGCUGAGGCCCGAGGCGAUGACGCACCCGAGGAGGCUCGUGGACGUCAACACGGAAACCCUGGCACGGCAUUCGAGGGCGUCGGCUUAGGAGGGGAGGGAGAGGGGGGACACCGGGACACCUAUUAUGUACAUUGGCCUUAUUACGCCGAGAGUGGACGACACCGCGCAGCGUUGUAAACUCCUUUCAUCUUAUCAUC